GAUGAGCAUAAUGAUAAUAAUUGUGAGUUAACGAGACUGUGGGAGUGGGAGAGAAAGACGUGUUGCUAGCUGUUAUAGCCGAGACUUAUACAGGGUGCUUACUACCUGACAAUAGACUCUGAGUCAUUAAAGCAUGCCCUCCUCAACCGUCGAGUCACACACAAUACUGCAUGAUCAAUUUUAUUAUUAGCUACUGCUACCCAACUCAGUCUUUAUUAUGGCAAUAUCCUUCAUCGGGUUAGCUUCAUGCCACUGAUCUUCCGCAGUAGGGCAAAUCUUCAAGUGAUUUUAUACUGUCAACGUUUGACGUUAUUUUGUUUUCUCACUCCACCCAAAAACAAUUUCGGUGUGAAAGUUGAACAGUUUCUGUUCACAUGGAUUAGACAAGAUGUUUACCAGGAGGCAGAAGAUCAAGUAUGUCGUCUUGUUUUUUAUCGUUCUUGGAUUUUGUAACUAUAUAACUGAGUGGUUAACUUCUGAUAGGGAAACUCAUGGAAAGCGCAAAGCCGUUGGAGAUGCGAGUGAUAUUUUGCAUGAUCAUGUUGGUGAUAUCAACCAUCUGGUGGGGGCACGAGCUCUCUUGAAUGGAUCGUAUCAGAGCAUCCAAGAGCAACAAGGGGGAACGGUCAAACCGACCGUCAGAAAAUCAAAAGAGAUCAAACCGGUGGUUUCCAGUGCAAACCUCACCUAUGUUGGUGACAUCUAUUGCCAGGAGAACUCAAGGGUAAUCGCCUUGGUGUCCACGUUGCCUCAUAGUACAGAGCUUCGGCAAGCGAUUCGGGAGACAUGGGGUAAGGUUAAUGAGAACAGAGAUUUUGCCAUGCAAGUUGUAUUCGUCACCGGAAACCCCAUUUAUAAAGCCGGAGAAGAGCAUAGAAAUGGACAGCUAAUGGAAGAAAUGAGAACUAAAGGAGAUCUGCUGCAGGGUGAUUUUACCUACGACAUUCAACCUAAGACGACCUUACCAGUGAUGUAUGGAUUAUCUUGGAUCUUAGAUAAUUGCAAAGAUUUCCAGUAUGUCGUCGUGGUCAACGAACAAACUGCCGUUAUGCCAAAGAAACUUUUCGAACGCCUUGAUUACUGCGAAAAACAUGGCGUCUCGGAUUCCCGGACGUGGAUGGGCAAGAUAGUAUCACACUCCAAGGUUCAGAGAUUAGAGAAUGGGUUGUUCUAUGUCUCACAUGAGCAGUUUGCUGAUGAGUUCUUCCCUCCAUUCUGCACAGAUGAGAAUGGGCACGUCAUCACGAAGACAGUUGCGAAGCAAUUCCUGGAGAGCGCGGUGAAACGUUCUUCGGUUGUCCCAAUCGCCGAUGUUUUUAUCUCGAUUAUUUCAAAAGAGAGAAACUGGACUUUGGUGGAGGACGAUAUGUUUACGAGGAAUCAUCUGCGAAUUGACAACAUAUGCGCAUCGCAAUCCGCAGUGACGAUGCAUAUUCCAAAAGAACCUACGGAAUUAAUUGCAGCCUGGAAGAAACUUGGAAACAAGACAAUGCUGAAGGAAUGCAUGGAUCCCGAUCUCGACCUUGUAUUACCCGCCAAUGUAGACAAUCGUCCUUACCUUGACCGAAUCCUCUCCUACAAGUUCACAAAUCCACACGUGUGUUACGACAGAGAAGGCAAGCCAUUGGAUAUAUUUAUGAUCGUGUUGAUCAGCACGCCACCAAAUCACGGCGAAGUGAGAAAAGCUAUCAGGGAAACUUGGUGUGGGCAGCAGGAAGUGUUGGGAGAGACAAUCCGAUGUGUCUUCAUCUUGGGCGAGAUGUCUUCUGAAACGGACGAAAUGAGAUAUCAAUUGCGCCAGGAGGACAUCAAGUACGGAGAUCUAGUUCGGGCUAGUUUUCAAGAAUCAUUUCAGAACCUCACCUUAAAAGUAGUGCUUGGUUUAAAGUGGAUAUCGGAAAACUGCAGACACACAAAAUACUUUUACAAGGGGGACGAAGACAUGUUUGUUAACUUCAACAAUAUCAUCUCCUACAUAAAAGGGUUAGAAAGUCAAAAUCGCGGUGAAACUCUGACAAAGUUUUUCGUUGGGUCCCGCAUGUACAGUAGUAUCAGGUUUUCUCCCAAUAUACCUGAACAUAAAGGCUACAAGAGAUAUCAUGUUCCAGAUAAAAUGUAUUUUGGACACUUCUAUCCUCCCUAUUGCAGUGGAGGCGGGUAUGUCCUGUCAGCUGAAACAGUACCCGAUCUUUACCAGGAAUCACUGAGGACAUCAUUGAUCAAUGUUGACGAUGCCUUCCAGGGAAUUCUCACCAAAAGGCUGGGUUAUGGCCCCAUAGGAAACAGUGGAUUUAAGAACUGGGGAGGAAAGACGGACACGUGUUCGCUGAGGGACAAAAACACCAUGACCAUCCAUGGUAUCGGAAAAGAUGCCAAGAACCUUUACAAUGUCUGGAAUACCUAUAAUGCUGAAGCUAACUGCACCGACUUUGGUAUCUAAAUGUCUACGGAAGUACCUAAAAUUAGUUGCGUAAGCCUAUUGCCCCAAUUGACAUCUUCUAAUUAUAAUGUGUGAAUAUACGAGUUUCCGAUUAAGGAAACAGGCUAAUAAUUUUCUACUCGAAAGAUAUUGAGGUGAACUUGAAUACCAUCCUGCAGUCAUUAAAAUGACGGAACUAUAAAUCUUAAAUAAUAAUUAAUAUUAUCAUUGUUAUGAUCAUUAUCAUUAUUAUUAACCAACAUUAUGUAGGUCAUUGGGGUGGAAUUAGACAUCUUCCAUUGGACAAAAAUGUGUAUUCUUGCUUAUUUAGAUACACUGCAUAAGUUUGAAUGAAAUGUGAAUUUAAAAAAAGCUCAUUUGAAAUAGCUCUUGCAAAAUUCCAUGUUAUGGUAAAAAAAGAGCCCGGAUUUUGAAUUAUCAUUGGUAGAUAUUGAAUCGAGCAGUACUUUUAGUAUUUGUAUUCUAAACAAACGAUAUUUUUAUAGGUAUCGAAUGUUGUAUGUGGGUAAGGAUAUCGAUCAUAAUCGAUCACAUUGGCAUGAAGGGGUAAUCGAAAUUUUGAAUUGAGAUGACUGCAAUAUUAACGGUGAUUCUAUAUGAUUAUUGUCUGCGUUGUGUGGAUGAUGUGGUUUUACUAAUUUCGUUGGCGCUUCUGUAAGAUCGUGUUGUAUGUAUGUAUAGUCAUUAUUCA